CUUCGAAUCUUAGCUUGGCAGGGACACGUUACUUUGGAAUUGUCUCACACCUUAGUCCUCUGAAUGAUAUACCUAGGAUAGGAGCCAUGUGCUUCAAGUUUCAUAUCUCUUGUUUUGGAACUAGGGACGUUUCUCUUGCCUUAUGAAGACGAAGCUCCCCCCCUCAUCCACAAAAAAAAAUGAAGGACCGUCUUGGAUUCAGAUUUGUGCUCUGCUCUGCGGUUUUCAUGAUUCUAACACAGCACAGAACUCUUGCAGACUUCGAUAGCGAUUCCCAUGGGGUUAACUCAGAAUCAGUAGAAGAAGAAGAAGAAGAAUGGGAGAUGGUGCAGAGGAAAGGGACGCAAUUCACACUAAAUGGAAAACCAUUCUACGUGAAUGGCUUCAACACUUACUGGAUGAUGACUCUGGCAGCUGAUAACUCCACGAGAGGCAAAGUGACGGACGUGUUCCAACAAGCCUCUGCAGUUGGAUUGACGGUAGGCAGGACAUGGGCUUUCAACGACGGUCAAUGGAGAGCUCUUCAGAAAUCUCCCUCUGUUUACGAUGAAGAUGUCUUCAAGGCCCUGGACUUCGUGGUGAGCGAGGCCCGAAAGUACAAGAUGAGACUUAUAUUGUCAUUGGUCAACAACUGGAACGACUAUGGGGGCAAAGCUCAGUACGUUAAAUGGGGGAAUGCCUCUGGUCUUAAUCUCACCUCUGAUGACGACUUCUUCACCAAUCCCACCCUGAGAGACUACUACAAAUCCCAUGUCCGGACGGUGCUGAAUAGAGUGAACACCUUCACAAACAUCACAUACAAGAACGACCCCACAAUCUUCGCCUGGGAACUGAUGAACGAGCCACGUUGCCCCUCUGAUCCCUCCGGUGACAAACUCCAGUCUUGGAUACAAGAAAUGGCAGUGUUUGUGAAGAGCUUAGAUGCUAAACAUUUGGUAGAGAUCGGACUCGAAGGCUUCUAUGGUCCCUCUGCUCCAGCUCGAACCAAAUUCAAUCCCAACCCCUACGCUGGACAAGUCGGAACCGACUUCAUCAGAAAUAAUCAAGCUCUUGGCGUCGAUUUUGCUUCGGUUCACGUCUAUCCAGAUGCCUGGAUAUCUCCGGCAGUAUCAGAUACUUUCCUGGAAUUCACAAACUCGUGGAUGCAAGCUCAUGUGGAGGACGCAGAGAUGUACUUGGGAAUGCCGGUUCUGUUCACAGAGUUUGGUGUGUCCGCACAUGACCCUGGUUUCAACACGACUUUCCGUGACAUGAUGUUAAAUACGGUGUACAAGAUGACCCUUAACUCAACACGGAAAGGAGGGGCAGGUGCCGGAAGUCUGGUGUGGCAGGUCUUCCCUCAGGGAGCUGAGUUCAUGGAUGAUGGCUACGCGGUUUAUCUAACCAGAGCUCACACCGCUUCAAAAAUCAUAACUCUGCAGUCCAAGCGACUUGCCAUCUUCAACUCCUUGUGCGGCUGGAGAUGCAAGUGGGGAUGCAAGAAAAGGAAUCACACUGACCUCGAUGCCCUACUUUCGCACGACGAGCUUUAAACAAGUGCAACCUUUUGUGAAUCACAGCUACGUGAAUACAAAUAUCAGCACGUGUUUAAUAUGUGUUAUAUAUCACACUGUCCUAGAUGCCGUCCUCGAGCUUUUAACCUUAUGUGAAUCACAACAGCAACGCAAGUGUGUACAAGUGUUUAAUAAUAUCUUAUGUGAAUCACAACAGUGCAAAGUAUGAACAAGUGUUUAAUUUAUAUAUAAAUGUUUGUAGA